AUGAAUCCUACGGUUGAAGACCCAACUGCGCCACCACCACCUCCGCCACAGCAGCUGCAGCCACCUCGGUCGUCUUUCAGCUGCGACCGCCACCCUCAUGAGCAAUUUUCUGGUUUCUGUCCUUCUUGCCUCUGCGAGCGCCUCACCACACUAGAUCAAUCAUCCUCUAUUACCCCCUCCUCAUCUCGCCGGCCCUCCGUCUCCGGUGCUGCUGCUGCCAUUAAAUCUCUAUUCUCUUCCUCCUCUAAAGCUACAGCUACCAACAACAACUAUAACUUCCCCCCACUUCCACCUCAGAAACCCUCUAAACCCACCUCAUUUUUUCCUGACCUUCGUCGCACUAAAUCAUUUUCAGCCUCUAAGAACGAAGGAUUUGGCCUCUUUUCCGGUGGUUUUGAGCCCCAGAGAAGAUCUUGUGACGUCCGCGUCAGGAACACCCUUGGGUCACUCUUCACCAUCAACAACGACAAUAAAACCGCUAAUAAACCAUCUACUUCUACUCAAAACCCACAAUAUGGACUGACCAACAAGCAAUGCGAAUCUUGUGUUGUCAAUAAAUCGGAGACCGAAAGUGGGGAUGAUUUUGAAGACCCUGAAAACAUAGAGGACACUACUGCUGCUGAUAAUGAUGAUGACAAAGAUGAAAUUACUCCAGUUCAAGAUUUCAUUUUAGAAGAUAUUGGACAUGACCUUGAAAGAGAGGUGGAUGAAGCUGAGAUAGAAGAAGAAGAAGAAGAGAUGGUAAAUGUGAAUAAUUUGAAGGCUAUGAAGGAUCAUAUAGAUCUUGAUAUUCAGGUGAAGAAGAGUUCUGGAGGGGGAUUUUGGGCUGCUGCCUCAGUUUUUAGCAAGAAAUGGCAGAAGUGGAGGAAACAAAAGAUGAAGAAGCAGAAUAAUGGUGAACACUUAGCUAAACUGCCUGUCGAAAAACCAAUCUCGAGGCAAUACAGAGAGACGCAGUCUGAAAUUGCAGAAUACGGGUUUGGGAGGAGGUCUUGUGAUACUGACCCAAGGUUUUCUCUUGAUGUUGGGAGAAUUAGCCUGGAUGAUCCAAGGUAUUCCUUUGACGAGCCUCGGGCUUCUUGGGAUGGGCAUUUGAUUGGGAGGAGUUUUCCAAGGAUGGCGCCUAUGGUUUCUGUGAUGGAGGAUGCACCAGCUAUGAAUGUAUCACGAUCUGAUAUGCAGAUUCCAGUAGAGGAUCCAGUGAUGACGACAGUGAACUGUGCUAAUGGGGACGAUGGUGUCCCUGGAGGGUCUGUGCAGACUAUGGAGUACUAUGCAGAUUCUUCCUCAAAAAGGAAGAGUCUUGAUAGGUCCAGUUCUGUUAGGAAGGCCUCUGCUGCUGUGGUGGCAGAGGCCGAUGAAAUGAAGGUCGUUUCUAAUGCCAAGGUUUUACCUGCUACUGCAGAUCACUUUUAUGGGGCUAAGGCAUUGUUUGCGGAAACAGAGUUGAGGGAUUCAAAUUCAAAUUCCUUGAGAGAUGAUUAUUCAGAUACAUUUGAGUUGAGUAGUGGGUUUAGGGAUAAUGAUUCGAUGAUAGGGAAUGGGGAGCAAAAGGAGUUGAAAAAAUCUAAGAGGUGGAGUUGGAGAAUAUUGGGCUUUAUACACCGACGUGGUGGUGGGAACAAGGACGAGGAUGAUGAGAGGUAUAGUAGAAUUGAUGGGGUGGAGAGGUCAUUUUCCGAGAGAGGAGAAUUUAACAGGAAUAUGUUUCGGAGCAAUAGUAGUGUGGGCUGGAGAAGUUCCAAUCACAUUCUGGGAUCAUAUGGGAGUGCGAGAAAAUCAGACAUCCAACUGAAUGGACAUGGGAAGAAGAGCAAGGAUGAAUUUGUUUUGGAGAGGAAUCGAAGUGCAAGGUAUUCGCCUAGUCAUGUUGAUAAUGGACUCUUACGCUUUUACCUGACGCCCAUGAGGAGCAGCCGGAGAUGGGGACUGGCGAAAGUAAAGCCCAAUAGCUCACAGUCAAUCUCUAGAAGCAUCCUUAGGCCUUACUGA